AUGCCGUGGGCUGUCCCAAUCAAACCUACUUCAACAUACCAGCAUGGGGUUGUCACACUGCAGAAUCCAAGACGUCAGGAGAUUGAGGACGGCCUUCCUUACAUCUCGCAUCGACCGAACCAGGCCAUGUUCACAGCUUUGCUCAUCGUGAUUGACAAUCAAGGCAGCGAUCUUGUCAGAAAGAAGCCUGUACACGUUGAGCAAGUCAAGGUUGAGGCAGAAAAGCUGUCUCCAAUACGAGUGACCCAGCAAUCUGCAAACCGCUAA